AUGCUGCGGGGCCGCUGGGCGCUGCCCGGCGCGGCGCUGGCGCUGGGAGCGGGGCUGGGGGCGGCGCUGGGGCCCCGCCGCCGGGCUCGGGACGAUGCGCCGCGGGGGCUGCUCGCCCGCCUGCCCGUGGUCCCCGCCGUGGCGGCCGCGGGGGCCGAUCCGCCGGCGCUGCCGGGCUCGGGCCGCGCCGAGCUGACCAAGUACGGGCUGCCCGGGCUGGCGCAGCUGCGGAGCCGCGAGUCCUACGUGCUGUGCUACGACCCGCGGAGCCGCGGCGCGCUCUGGGUCAUGGAGCGGCUGAACCGGGACACGCUGAGCGGCGCCUCGGACCGCGCCGCCUGCGACUUCCUGGAGGACGAGUCGGUGCAUCGCUACCACCGCGCCACCAACGCCGACUACCGCGGCAGCGGCUUCGACCGCGGGCACCUGGCCGCCGCCGCCAACCAUAAGUGGAGCCAGGAGGCCAUGCGGGACACCUUCUACCUCAGCAACGUCGCCCCGCAGAAUCCUCAUUUAAACCAGAACGCGUGGAACAACCUUGAGAAGUACAGCAGGAGCUUGGCAAGGAACAACAAGAACGUCUAUGUGUGCACAGGACCCCUUUACCUGCCCAGGAUGGAGGCCGAUGGGAAGAUGUAUGUCAAGUACCAGGUGAUUGGGAAGAACAAUGUGGCCGUCCCCACCCAUUUCUUCAAGGUGCUCAUCCUGGAAAAGGAGAGUGGGGAGAUUGAGUUGCGCUCCUAUGUGAUGCCCAACAGCCCUGUGGAUGAGAAAAUCCCCCUGGAAAGGUUCCUGGUUCCCAUUGAGAGCAUUGAACGAGCCUCAGGGCUCCUCUUUGUUCCAAACAUCUUGAAGAGAACAAGUAACUUGAAAGCCAUCACAGCUGGAACCAAACAUUGACCCCUGAGUGAAGAAAUGCAGGUGGGAGGGACUCCCAGCAGUCAGCUGCUCCUUCCUGGUGUAAUUUUAAACCUGAGAAAGAAUCAAACCAAUGCAUCUUUUUACCCUUCCCCUCAUGUCCUGUAACAGUGAAACACAGAAGGGCAGGUCCUGCAGAAGGCUCAACUUCAGCAUUUGCCUCUGCAGGAUGGAGCUUUCCCCUGCAGUUGCUCCCUGUGAGUUGUGUGUGGCUCAGCAAGACACAAAGGGAAGUUAAUUUCUGCUCUUUAGCAAGGCUGGACAGGAGCAAGAUGGAUGCAGGGGGGAGGAGAGGUUCCUGCCUUUCUGUGGCCAAAGGAGUGUCUGAUUGUGUUCUUUCAGAAGCUGGUUUUAGCAGUAAAGCUUUGAACACCCCCA